GAUGGGGACUUGAUCGAGUGGCUUCACCGCAUCAUCCCCAUCGCGCGCUUCGCCUUGUUAUAGGGCGCGUUUUCCAAGCGAGAGUGCGCACGAGCCUACGGCGAGAGAACGGCAUUGCCGAUACGGCCGCCUGUAUGGCACUGCUGAUGCCCGACAUCAACCUCCGCCGCGCGAAGCACCAACUUGAGCGCUACUGGCGCCAACUUCUCGGUGCGGGUGAGCGGGAUGGAGAGCGCAAGCGCUUGAUAUUCCGUUCCAAGUCGGCCGCGGGGGCUAAAUCGUCACAAACCACCAAUCCUGCUGCUAAAAGAACCGAUUCCGCCAAGGUCACCCCACCAAUUCAGAAUCUAGAGCGCGACCCGAAGACAGAGGCGGCCACUGCUGGCAACGACGAGAUCGUCGGUGAUUCUGAUGCUGCCCAACUUGAUUGCGGAUCUUCUUCAUUGGUGAAAAGCAACCAGGACACGGACGAUGAGGAGGAGGACGAUGAGGAGGAGGAACUGCACAGGAUUCAAGCUGCCUCGGUCGAGUGCAACGAGUCAAGUGCUGAAAACGUUGAGGUCUCAAACCCAGAUUUGAAGUCGAAGACAGAGGAAGCGCCUUCCUCAACUGACACCGAAACGUCUUCGACUGUGAGCUCUGCAGUCACCACGCUUUCCUCGAGAAGCACGACCGCUUGUGUGGGUAAGCCGCCUCUGUCCCGUGUUGGACCGCGCGUGGGCCACGACAAUCGUUCAAGUUACUACAUUAUGCCGCAGCCCAACUACAUUCCGCGAGUGAAAGGUCCGACGCUGGGCUCCAUCCUACAGCGGAUUCAUCUCAACGACGGCGACGUGAGCGAAUUGGACUUCUCAACUCUCGCGCAGCGCAACAAGCGGCUGGAGUCUGAAGGGUGCGCGCUGGUGGCUCGAUCUCUUUCGACCAACCACACAGUUCGCAAGCUCAUCAUUCGCGACCACGCUAUCGAAGACGACGGCGCUGUCGCUCUCUCCAAAAUGCUGUGCAAUAACACGACGCUCGAGCAUUUGGAUCUCGUCGGCAACGCAAUCGGUGAUCGCGGGGCUGAAGCGCUAGCGCAGGCGCUUUACGGACACGAUUCACUGACGCACUUGAGUCUGGCGAAUAACCUGAUCACCGACCGUGGCGCUGAGGCUCUCGCUCAGGCUAUUCGCUGCAACUGCACCCUCAGGACUUUGGAGCUGACGAACAACCGAAUCACGCGAGUGGGGGCGCUGGCUCUGCUUGACGCCUUGGAUGUCAACUUGUACGUGGAGACUAUCAGCUUGGAUGAGAACAAUGUACCAGCUUUCGUCGAAAGCCAACUUGCUGCAGCGUUCGCACGCAACCGAGCCCAGGCGCUAAUUCUUGAGUCGCAUGCCGCGGAGAAGAAGGCUGUCAAGAUCGUGCGCAGAGCCAGCGGAUUUGAUACCCAAGACGAAGACGACGACAGCAGCGAGGUGGACGAGGAGGAAUGGGAAGGCUGGGAAGAUGACGACGGUGACAGCGUGUCGAGUGGGUUUCUGAGCUGCUCGAACGUCACUGACAUCCCGUUGAGCAGCAGCGGACUGUGGAUUUAA